CUAAUCCCCUCCUGCCCUCUUCGUUGUAAACACUCGUUGCUCCGUCAGGGUCACUGAUGCUUUUUCAACCCUCUUCAUCGCUCUGUCACAAUGUGCUUCAGAACAGACGCUGGAAAAAGAUAAAGCAAGCAAGCGGGAAGCGUGGAUUUCUUAUGAUGUCAAGCAGACCUGGGCCUCACGUGGCGAGUGAGGCCUCAUGGUUGGAGCAUGCCGUGUGCUAGUGCGGUGAAGCAGUGGGAGAUCAGGCCCACGACUGUGCUCCGGAGGUUAAAACGCACCAGGACCCUGAUGUGGCAGUGGAUACAUGGACUGAUCCGGGCCUGCCGGCACAGCGUAGGGUACCAGGUCAACUGCAAUGACCCGGACACAGAGGAACGGGAUAUGGUGUGCCUUGAGCCCAUGGGAUCAGAACGGAUGGAGAUGCGAAAGAGGCAGAUGUCGGUGCAGCAGGAGUCGGCAGCGGGGGGAACGGCACCGACCCAGCAGGACCAGCCGGGCCAGGCCAACCCACGGGGCUCCAAUGCAUGUUGCUUCUGCUGGUGCUGCUGCUGUAGCUGUUCCUGGAAUGAAGACCGAGAUGAAAGGAAUCGAAAAGCAUCAUAUGACGUCAAGGAAGGGACCGCAGACUGUGAAGAGUGUCCAAAGCCUACGUUGGAGGAGGUCUGCUCAUGGGGGCAGUCGUUUGAUAAGCUGAUGUGCUGCCCAGCGGGGAGGAACUCCUUCCGACAGUUCCUUCGCACCGAGUUCAGCGAGGAGAACAUGCUCUUCUGGCUGGCCUGUGAGGAGUUCGGCAAAGAUACCAACAAGAGUACGGUAGAGGAAAGGGCUCGCAUCAUCUAUGAGGACUACAUCUCCAUUCUCUCCCCUAAAGAGGUGAGCCUGGACUCCCGCGUGCGUGAGACGAUUAACAGGAACAUGCUGGAGCCCAACUCACACACGUUCGAUGAAGCCCAGCUGCAGAUCUACACGCUAAUGCAAAGAGACUCAUAUCCACGCUACAUGAACUCCUCAGCCUACAAAAACCUGCUCAACUCUCUGUCAGAGCAGUCCCCUGAAUCUUAGGGUGGUGGUGACAUGUGAUCUUUUAAAUUUACCCCCCUCCUCCUCAAUCCAUACCCCCCCCCCCCCCUUUUUUUUUUUACAUUUAUUUUCUAUUUUAUUUUUUACUUUUCUUUGUAUGUUCAGUGUAGGAUUACAUGAGCCAGGCCUCGGGCCUGGCCCCUCCCAGGGAUCUCAGCGCUAUUGUGAUCUGCACCUGACCGACGACACUCAGGUCUCAAAAAUCUCCCGAGGGCUCCACAUCACAAGUACUGCUUCAGAUCAACAUAGCAAAACACUCCAAAGGAAUAUGAAUACACUUUUUUUUCUCUUUUCUUUUUCUUUUUUUUUUUGAUAGAAAUAAUCUAUUUUAUUUGUGUUCAGAGUUUUUUAUGGUCUUGUUUUUUUGUAUGAUUGUUUUGGGGGAAAAUGAUUCCUACUGUAGACUAUAUAUAUAUAUUUAUGAGUUUGUAAAUAGCAAAAAUGGAAUUGUGGGUAUUUUAUGUGGUAAAACGCCUGGUUCUAUUUACUGCGUAUGAGAAUCAAAGCUCAAGUCAAAGGCUACGUGUUAGCUCUACUUGCAGGCAGCUUUGUGGGGUACUGUAUGAUUCUACCUUGGUUUCACCUUGUUUUGCUACCUAACCUCACACUUGGGUAUCUGUGUCAGCGACUUGGCAACUCCAGUUCACACAGAACCUGUGCGAGUUUAAAAAAGAUAGUAUGGUGUGGUUACCGGGGAAGUAUCAGAGGGUGGCAACAGCUUUUGUCACAGGGUGCAAUUUGUUUCCGGAAGAAACUCAAAUCGAAGAUGUAAAGGUCCUUAAACUUUCAUUUGAACCACAAAUGUUUCCCUAUUUAAGACACUUUUUUUUAAAAUUCAAGUGUUACACACUGCACAUCUCAUAGGUUUAAUAUACUGUACUUUUAUUGGUGUGAAAUAAGAUUCUAAGCAAUUCUAUAUUUACCAGAGAAAGUAUUUCUAUUUCUUGAAAAUUUUCAGGAAAAAAAAAAAAGCGAAAAUGAUUUUAAAAUAUAUUGAUGGAGUACACACUAGUACACCAUCUGUUCUUUUGCAGUAACUUCACAAGGAUGUUUUCUGGAAAGAGUCGCAAUUGGGCACCAAAAAGGAGAAUUUUCAUACAUUACCAGUUACUUACAAGGAGCAGUUCAGUACUUUUAGAAAUGUUGUGAUUCGAUGAAGACAUUGAUGAUGCUCAGACUAGCAGUUCUGCUGCGUGAGUGACAUCACUUGUCCCACCAGUUUAACUGCCAGAAGCCAAAUAAGCGUAUUUCAUCGAACACCAAACUUUUGCUUUCAAUCUCCAUUUAUACUUCAAGGUUUAUUGAAGACGUGUUUAUCUAACCUGUAUUUUAGCAAUAACUACCACUAAAUUACAGAGUUUUUUUUCUUCGUCUUUUCAAGAAAACAUGUCGGAAGUUAUGAGAAGUUACAGAUCUGUUAAAUAAGUAAUCAAAUAUGAGAUUUAUCCUGAAAAUGACGUUCAUCUGACUAUAUAUCUGAAUAAUGAUCAGAGGUGAUGCUUGAGGUCAGGCCAGGUUAGCAGCAACACCAAAGCUACCAUGUAAACUGUGUUCAUACGUAUGUUAAGAGUAUUUCCACUGACUAAAAUUGGAGUUGCCAAGUGUACUUUUACAUAUAUAUAGUUUUAUUUGAAUUACUUUGUUGCCUCACAAACGUGUCACUCAAAGACAAGAUCCUCACAUGGGGAAGUGCCUUGACAUUCAGUUUUAUGACAUCUUUCUCAUGAGAAACAGUUGUUUUCAGUCUCUUGAUGUAAAGGGUGUUUACUGGAGCAAGAAGCCAGUUUACUGGAAAUUGUCCCUCUCAUUGGCCAAAUUAUCACGUGUGUUUUGUCUUGAUUCCUUAGUUGUGACUACAUCGGUUCACACCGGCGGUGCAGAGGGGGAUGACAGCACGUGUCUUUAUUUGCUGAAGCUAAACAAAGAUCAGUGGGUCGGGCUGGUCGGUCAGGACUUUUUCUCCGACCUGCGUUCUUCACAGUGGCACUUGUCUUAGAGUUAACUUUAACUCAUUAUGUGCAAUUUGAGCUGAUGGGUGCACCGCGCAGAUCAACCUCAAAACACAAUCUAAGCCAAUGGUUUGGAGUGAUGCCUAUAAAUGUUUCUUCUUCUGUUUACUAUAUGAAAUGUGUUAUUUUGCGCUGAGUUUACUAAAAAAUACAUUUUUUGAAAAACAAAUAAUGUGAAUGUUUACAGUAUAUGGUUUAGUUUUUUU